AAAACGAAACAUCGAUAAAAAGACGCAUUUUUCGAAUAGAACAAGGUUUCGUUUGGCAUUUAAAAAAAACUGCAACCUGCCGCACCAACUGCCAGCAUCAUCUUCCUCCUCACCUGACGACGUGCUCGAUGCUCUCUCUCUCUCUCUUAAUCGAUCAAACUCUCUCUUUCUCUCUCUAGAAUAUAAUAAAGCCCCUGCCCUUCUCCACAGCAAUGUGCUUCUCUCUCCUCUCUCCUGCUCUCUCCUCUGCAAAGCCUUUCCUUCCUCUUCUCUUAAAGCCUAAACUCUUCAACAGGUUCGAGAACAAGGCUUAUUCUGGAAUGGAAGGUUACAGUACUUUCAGAGGGGAAAGUUCGAAGCUUCUCUUCCGACAACUCUUUGAAAAGGAAUCGUCGACUUACACUUACCUUCUCGCUGAUAUUAGCCACCCUCAGAGGCCCGCUCUGUUGAUUGAUCCAGUGGACAAAACAGUGGACAGAGACCUGGCGCUUACAAAGGAUCUAGGGUUGAAACUCAUAUAUGCUAUGAAUACCCAUGUACAUGCUGAUCAUGUCACAGGAACUGGCCUCAUAAAGGGUAAAUUGCCAGGCGUGCAAUCUGUUAUUUCUGAAGCAAGCAAUGCCAAAGCAGAUGUCCUGGUCAAUGCUGGUGAUAAAAUACAAUUUGGUAAUAUGUUUUUGGAGGUUCGUGCCACUCCUGGCCAUACAUUGGGUUGUGUUACCUACAUUACAGGAGAAGGCCCUGAUCACCCUUACCCUAGAAUGGCCUUCACUGGGGAUGCUCUUUUAAUAAGAGGCUGUGGUAGGACAGAUUUCCAGGGAGGAAAUUCACAUCAACUGUACAAGUCGGUGCAUUCACAGAUUUUCGCAUUGCCAAAAGACACAUUGGUGUACCCUGCGCAUGACUACAAAGGCUUCACUGUCAGCACAGUAGGGGAAGAGAUGUUGUAUAACACACGUUUGACGAAAGAUGAGGAGACAUUCACCAGCAUCAUGGAAAAUUUAGGUUUGUCAUAUCCAAAGAUGAUGGAUGUUGCAGUACCUGCAAAUAUGGUAUGUGGGUUUCAAGAUACCACAGCAAAAGUGGUGGCUUCUAAUAUCUAAGGCUGUUGAAAUUGUGUCAUAUAAAAUUACCAAUAUCAAUGUGCACGCUCAAUGCACAUUUGGAACUUGUGGAACAUUCAAGUUGGCUAUAUUCUUAGGUGACAAGCAAGGGAAAUAAUGUAUAGAGAUCUCAGCUCAUUAUUAUUCUGAUUGAAUAAUAGCGUUUUAUGCCAUUUGUUGCCUAAUUGCUUGUCAUCUAAUAUGAUUUCACUGUCAUGCUUUAACAAUUAUAUAUGGUGUCUUUGGGUUUGGUUCAUUUGAAGGAUCAGACGGUUCUAAUUUGAGUUA